CGAGUGCGUGAAAAAAUGUUGGCCAACCCCAACCAACGACAGCUCAAUGUCACAUCGCAAAUAUGGAGCCCACGACCGCGAUAAAGGUGGAAGCAACGGCAUAUACCAACAGCCUUUCAAUCUCUGAAUUGAUUUCCGCAUAUCCCCGCGUACGGCUGUUUGUUCAUCCGCUACUCUGGACAUGGCAACACCUCAGCCUCUUGGGUUGCAAGUUCUCGGAUGACGAUAUUCUCUCCCCGCCUCCACCUACGACUAUUCUUCCCUCCCCAACCCGUAACCAACCAGAUGUCGGCAACGACGACGAGGCGACUUGGGUAGAGCGCUAUCUUGCAGAGAAGUACGGCGAUACCAACUCAGCGCGCUCCCUUGCGACAUCCAAACGCUCUCACAGCAGGUGGUGGGGUCUUACCCGACUCUUGAAAGAAGAGUUCAAGUAACCAUAGAAACGAAGUUUGCUUUCGAUAUAACUACAUCAGGGUCACCGAUCUGCCGUGCAAGUACUUCGCCUCGUCCUCACAAUCUCCGCCCCCGCUCACUCAGCUCGGCUACCUCCACUUAGGCGAGCUCGCGAGAGAGCGGAGAAACCGCCGUCGACAUCCCA